AUGCGCAGUGAUCCACACCUGUUUCUCGCAUCGUCUCGGAAACAGGGUGCCUCUAUGAGUAGACCAUGGAGCCAAACUGGAAGGAGAUAUCUCUCCAGAGCCCUCAACUGGUCGCAAAUGGACUGGGACUAUGCGGUAUACCAGAUGACCUGCCUGGCGUCAUUGGCACCCUCGAAACUAUACCGCGCGACGCGCUAUCACCGGCGAACGAAGAAGCAGUGGAGCCGCGACGAUCCAGCGUUUCUUGUGCUUUUCCUCUCGUCUUUUUUCAUGACUUGUUUCUUGUAUGGGCUCGUCUACUCUGGUUGGUCAGUUAAGGCUGGGUUCCGCCUGGCUGCCUCGCAAACUAUUCUCUGGUUUGGUAUCGUCGCCCUGGUGUUCAGUAGUCUCUACGUCGUGAUUGCGAACCGCUUCCUUGCCGAUCCCACUGCAGGCUAUUCUUCAGAAUCCUGGAUGGAACCCGAGUCGCCGCGUGUGGAAUGGAUGUAUGCACUGGACGUCUACUGCAACGCGUUAUUUGGAGGAGUAUUCCUGCCUUUGUACGUGAUGCAGGGUGUGCUCCUACGUUUCCUGGUCCGUAGCCGCUUUGCAAGCUGCGCGCUCUACCUUUUCAGUAACGCAUACUUUUGGUAUAUAAGCUGGCUUGGUUAUGAUAUUCUACCGUUUCUGCGUCGAACGCAGUUGCUGCUCGUGCCCAUUCCGUCCAUGAGUGCAGUAAUGCUCGCUGCAACGUUUCUCGGAGAGGUCAAUUUUAGCCAGUGGACUUGGCGUGCUCUCCACGCUAUAUGA